AUGCUUGCCAAUUCAGCCAGCGUGCGGAUUCUUAUCAAGGGAGGCAAGGUGGUGAACGAUGACUGCACCCAUGAGGCUGAUGUCUAUAUUGAGAAUGGCAUCAUCCAGCAGGUGGGCCGUGAGCUCAUGAUCCCUGGUGGGGCCAAGGUGAUUGAUGCCACUGGAAAGCUGGUGAUCCCCGGAGGCAUUGACACCAGCACCCACUUCCACCAGACCUUCAUGAAUGCCACGUGCGUGGACGACUUCUACCAUGGGACCAAGGCAGCACUCGUUGGAGGCACCACCAUGAUCAUCGGCCACGUUCUGCCUGACAAAGAGACCUCCCUUGUGGAUGCCUAUGAGAAGUGCCGGGGUCUGGCUGACCCCAAGGUCUGCUGUGACUAUGCCCUCCAUGUGGGGAUCACCUGGUGGGCACCCAAGGUGAAAGCAGAAAUGGAGACCCUGGUGAGGGAGAAGGGUGUCAACUCGUUCCAGAUGUUCAUGACCUACAAGGACUUGUACAUGCUUCGAGACAGUGAGCUGUACCAAGUGUUGCAUGCCUGCAAGGACAUUGGGGCGAUUGCCCGAGUCCAUGCUGAAAAUGGGGAGCUUGUGGCCGAGGGUGCUAAGGAGGCACUAGAUUUGGGUAUCACAGGCCCAGAAGGAAUCGAGAUUAGCCAUCCAGAGGAGCUGGAAGCUGAAGCCACGCACCGAGUUAUCACCAUUGCAAACAGGACUCACUGUCCAAUCUACCUGGUCAACGUGUCCAGCAUCACGGCUGGUGACGUUAUCGCAGCUGCUAAGAUGCAAGGGAAGGUCGUGCUGGCUGAGACCACCACUGCACAUGCCACACUGACAGGCUUACACUACUACCACCAGGACUGGUCCCAUGCGGCCGCCUAUGUCACGGUGCCUCCCCUGCGACUGGACACCAACACCUCCACCUACCUCAUGAGCUUGCUGGCCAAUGACACUCUGAACAUUGUGGCAUCAGAUCACCGGCCGUUCACCACAAAGCAGAAAGCUAUGGGCAAGGAGGACUUCACUAAGAUCCCGCAUGGAGUGAGCGGCGUGCAGGACCGCAUGAGUGUCGUCUGGGAGAGGGGAGUGGUUGGAGGAAAGAUGGAUGAGAACCGUUUUGUGGCUGUCACCAGUUCCAAUGCAGCUAAGAUUCUCAACCUGUAUCCCCGCAAGGGCCGCAUCAUCCCCGGAGCUGAUGCCGAUGUUGUGGUGUGGGACCCAGAAGCCACAAAGACCAUCUCAGCCAGCACCCAGGUACAGGGGGGAGACUUCAACCUGUAUGAGAACAUGCGCUGCCAUGGUGUGCCGCUGGUCACCAUCAGUCGGGGCCGUGUCGUGUACGAGAACGGCGUCUUCAUGUGUGCUGAGGGUACCGGCAAGUUCUGUCCCCUGAGGUCCUUCCCAGACACUGUCUACAAGAAGCUGGUCCAGAGAGAGAAGACCUUAAAGGUUAAGGGAGUAGACCGCACCCCCUACCUGGGGGAUGUCGCUGUCGUUGUACAUCCCGGGAAAAAAGAGAUGGGAACGCCACUCGCAGACACUCCUACCCGGCCCGUCACCCGACAUGGGGGCAUGCGGGACCUUCAUGAAUCCAGCUUCAGCCUCUCUGGUUCUCAGAUCGAUGACCAUGUUCCAAAGCGAGCUUCGGCUCGGAUCCUCGCUCCCCCGGGAGGCAGAUCAAGUGGCAUUUGGUAA